AUGGGAAGAAGAGGUGUGGCAAGCCGAAAGCGUGCCCGUGCAGAAGUUGAGUCAGGGCCUUCUGCGGUAACGUCAACAACGGUGAGCCGCUCAGCACCACCGUCACUGCCAGCCCCUGUCGGAUUCAAGUUGCUGUUGGAUGAUGAAGAGUCUUUGCCUGAGAAGGGUCCUACUGCCGGUGUCGUAGUUCUUUCCGACAGUGAGAACGAUGAUGCGACAACCAGUUCAACGUCCUCUACACUCUCGAGCUGGCCUUCGCUACGCGCAGGUAGCAGCGAACUAACAACAAGCGAGAGCAGUUUAUGUUCCGAGGAUGAAGACGACAGCAAAAGCAGCAGCCAUUGGAGGGAGUCACCGUUGAAAAAACGUCGCCGUUGUCCUUCCGUGCCGAAGGAAAAACAACCAGAAGUAGUGGAGCGCGAUGGGUGGUUGUACCCUGCGGAGUUACUGCCCCUUUUAUGCGAGCCGGAUCAGGGUGGUGCAUCGCCAUCUCUCAAGGGGUGUGCAACGGCAACGGUGAGUGCUGGCAGCACUGUUGACAACAACGUGGAAUCAUGUUUCCACACCGUGGCAGAAGAGGAUAGAAGGGCACGUGGUAUCACUAUACUUGGCCAGAGUGUCAGUGGAAUGGCAUCACCACCUACUACUUCUUCACGAAGUGCCGUGGCACCUCCUCACAUUGCGGCGUAUUCACAGCGGUACGAGGAAAUGGAUGCUCUUGCUGAUUUACCUGGCACAGACGCGGAGGGUUUGUUUGUGGUGGGUGAUGAAAUUGGUGGUAUGCGUUUUGCACCGUAA